CAUAUGAUUAAACAAACUUUACUAUAAAAUUCUCAUUUUCCAUCAAACUAAAAUAAAAUUCUUCUCUUUUUGUUCCUCAGAUAUAUCAUAUGUAUGAUACAUAAGCUUAUCAUCUUCAAUGGCAAAGAACACUGAUACUGGUCUUAAUUUGAAAGCUACCGAGUUAAGACUCGGUUUACCCGGCUCUGAAUCGCCGGAAAGAGACAAAAAUAGUAAUGGCAACUCAGUAACUGAUAACAGUAACAGCAGCAAGAGCUUCGUGUCUUCAGGAGCUAAACGAGGUUUUUCUGUUGCAAUUCACGGCGGUUCUGGUUCUGGUAACUGGGUUUUCUCUGCUACUAAUGGAUCUGACCCGGCUUUUUCUGCUGUUAAUGGGUUGGAUUCGGUUCAGUCUCCUAAACCGGUUACUCAGGUUCAGAUUCAGGAGAAGAAGAAUCAAACUACACCUGCUUCUAAAGCACAAGUUGUGGGAUGGCCGCCAAUUCGCUCUUUCCGAAAGAACACAAUGGCUGCUCAACCUCCGAAAAACGAUGAUGAUGAAGCAGAAGCCAAGCUGAUAUCAGGAUGCUUAUAUAUUAAGGUUAGCAUGGACGGUGCUCCUUAUCUGAGGAAAGUCGAUCUCAGAACAUACAACAGCUAUACGGAGCUCUCUUCAGGGCUCGAAAAGAUGUUCAGCUGCUUUACUAUCGGUCAAUGUGACACUCAUGGAGUUCCCAGCAGAGAUGGAUUGAGCGAGAGCCGGUUGAUGGAUCUUCUGCAUGGUUCUGAAUAUGUACUCACUUACGAAGACAAAGAUGAUGACUGGAUGCUUGUCGGCGACGUUCCUUGGAAGAUGUUCACUGAAACUUGUAGGAGGCUGAGGAUCAUGAAAAGUUCCGAGGCAAUUGGUCUUGCCCCAAGAGCGAUGGAGAAGUGCAAAAGUCGUAACUAGCGAGCCAUUGUCGUUACUGAUGAGCCAAAUCAUCUCGCCGGGCAAAUGAUGGUAGACGGUUGUGCUAUUUGAUUGCUGAAAGCCUAUAAUGGAUCUGAAAAUUGGAUCCUGUAUUUCCUAUUUGCUUAUGUUAUUAGAUAUAUUGUAUUGAGAAACGCUCUAAUCUAGUAAGUAAGAUGAAAUAUUGGAAAGCUGAGGCUUUAUAGGUUUGUGUUCUUCCCCAUAUCUCUCAUGUAAUAUUGAUUUCUAGAUUGGUCAAGGUUAUAUAAUAUUGUGAAACGUUUCGCCA